AUGGGAAGGAAAAAAGUAUGGAAAACGGAGACUGGUCCCGUCAUACACAGUGACGCGGUUGGAGUGGGAAAGUGCACCUUUGACACGUCUUGUUGCUGGAAAAACGGCAAGCCGCCAUUCGAUCACUUUGAAUGGAAUGUGAUUCGAGGCAGGGUCAAUCCGACUACCUUUAGUGCUCACUUCGGCAAAAGAGCUACACUACCCGACUCUAACUUUUUGGCUGUGGUCAGCGAACGAACGAUGCCCUCGAAUGAAGCUCAGUUUUACUCUUGCUCAAUACCAUGUUCGAAAACGAACAUUGUUCUGAGCCUCAGGUAUUGGUUGACUCGAAACGUCCGGCUACAGGUGUGUUCGCGCGAGGCGUUCAGCGAGAGCGAAGAUGCAGUUUUAAGUGAUUGUCAAGAGCUGUCGCCCACCGCCUCUUCUCAAGUAGUGAAAAUAGAGCUUCCGAUAACAGUGCAGCAGAAAAUUUUAGAAGUCGUUAUCGUAGCUGAUAAUUUCAUCGAGCCUGUUGGCGCAGCGAUCAUCGACGAUUUGCAAAUCCAUUAUCAGCCAUGUGAAGGUGGUCAAGAAGAUAAACAUACCGGCCUGGUGGAUAACGGCGAAUGCGGAAGAGUGGCUUGCAACUUCGAGAGAGGCAACAUGUGCGCUUACAACGAACUAUCGACCAGCUUGGCAUCAGGCGGAGUUCAGUGGUCAGCUGUGCAAGGCCGGUACCAUAACCCAAAUACUGGACUUCGCAGUGCAGGUCGAACGCGUUGCUUGGCACUGCUUCCGCUGGUUUACCGCGAGGGCCGGUACUACGCCGCGACGUACCUCAAACCAAGACAAGCGUCGACGAUCGUCACCGAAUACUACGAGGCCACCCACGGCAUACAACUGCAAGCGUGCUGCGGCGAUUCCAACUGCGUCGCGUCCUACCUUGGCAUAAGGGCGACUGACCGGCAGUGGAAUACAGCCGACCUGGUCUGUCCAGCUGGACGUCAUACGGUCAAAUUCACGGCAACGAACCAUGGCAAGAAUGAAGGCGCAGUCGCUUUGGACUCCAUACAACUUUAUAAGGAUUCCGGACACGUACCCUCACUUAUAUGCUAAUU